AUGAGCCAGUACACUCCGGAGACGACGGGCGAGCAGGUCGCAGCCGACUGCCAGGCCCAAAUCAAGAACAAGACCGUUCUCAUCACUGGAGCAAGCCCUGGUGGUCUCGGUGCCAACUUUGCCAAGGUCAUUGCAAAGCAUGAACCGGCUUCCAUCCUGCUUGCCACCCGCGAUCUCAACAAGGCUGAAAUCACCGCCAAGGAAAUUUCCGAGCUCUCCCCCAAGGUCCGCGUCCGUUCCAUCAAGCUGGACCUGACAUCUCUCAAGCAAGUCCGCGUGGCCGCCGAUGAGAUCAACUCACUCAACGAGAAGAUUGAUGUCAUUGUCAACAAUGCAGGAAUCAUGGCCCCGGCACACUCGAAGACGGUGGACGGCAUUGAGAGCCAAUUUGGCACUAACCACAUUGGCCCGUUUCUCUUUACCAACCUUCUCUUAGUCAAGCAGCUGGGUGCCAGUUCAUCUGGAAAGUUGAGGGUGGUGAAUAUUUCUAGCGAUGGAUAUCGACUGAGCCCAAUCCGUUUUGAAGAUUGGAACUUUGAUGACGGUAAAACCUAUAAUCGCUGGGCCGCCUAUGGCCAGUCCAAGACAGCCAACAUGCUCUUUUCUCGUUCGCUGGCUCAGAAACUGGGAAGCCGGGGUGUGACCUCUGUGAGCGUGCACCCAGGCAUCUCCCAGACGCCACUCAGCAAGGAUCUCAAAAUGGAGGAUUUCAUGGAGAUUGGCCCUAUCGAUCGAGCCCAAGGCCAUGCCUCACACUGGGGCCACAACGUCCAGUACAAGACGUCGUCUCAGGCGGUGGCAACACAUGUGUUUGCUGCUUUCCAUCCGAGCCUGGAUGCACCCGAACACAAUGGAGCAUAUGUUGCCGAAAGCAAGCCCCAAAGUGACAGGACUGUUCACUGCUGGGGAAGGGAUGCCAUUGACGCUGAGCGCCUCUGGGCUCUUAGCGAAGGUAUUAUUGACCAAAAGUUCGACUACUAA